CAUUUAUUCGAUCAAACUAUAUAAAUAAGAAGAAAUGCGAACUGUUUCAGGACCCGAUCACACCAUAGACUUGAAUGAGCAGAUUCAGUGCUACGAAAUAUGCGCAAAUGACUUUGCCUGCAACCUGAUCGCUGUGGCUCUGGAAAGACGCAUCUGCUUGAUUGUGGUUGGACUGCCGGAGGAGAGCGGCGAGUUCUUGUGGCAUCAUCUGCAGGACUUGGAGCUGGGUGAUAGGGAUGGACGCUUCGUUAGCGCCAUCACAUUCUCUCCGGACACUUCUCUGAACAGCACUCCCAACAAUGUGACAUUUUGCGCCGCCCUUGGCACUGACAUGAAGAUAUUUCGCACGGAUGUAGAUCAGUACAACACGUUCGACACCCUGAAGGGACACACCGACUACGUGAACGACAUAUCCUGGGUGUGCGAAGGAGAAUUUCUGGCCUCGGUCAGCGAUGACUUUACAUGCCGGUUCUGGAGCACCGCCGCAGAGGCGGAGAACGUCAUCACCUUCUGCCUAUCCUCGGCGGGAAUGUCGAUCAAGAGCCAUCCGGAUGAUAACGAAAAGGUGCUAGUUGCCGAAAAGAGAGGUAUCAUCCAUCUGUAUAACGUAAGGCAGAACCAGACCGUUCUGUCCGUGGAAUCUCCAAAGUUUCCCCUGAUGUCCGCCGACUGGGCCCAGAGCAAUCGCCUGUUUGUCUCUGCUCUGGCGGGAGGCGAUGUCAUCACCUGGGACCUUAAUCGUCCAUUUGUACCCGCCGACGUCAAGCAGAUCCAUGAGGACGGCGGCCGGGUGGUUCGCUUUUCUGCCGGUAGCUCAGAAGCGAUUCUGGCCAGCAUCGGACGGCCGGGUGUUACACUCAAAGUUUUUGGAGCAAAAUCUACUGUGCCGCUGCUUGUAGCCGGUUUAAAAACGUACGCAGGAUUGGCCUGGCAUCAGAGGCUGCCGUACAUUAGUGCGGCAUCGGAUAGGAAAUUGCUUUUCUGGAAAGUGCAAAUGAAGUGAAUUCUAACAAAUAAAAUUACAAAAAUUGUCCUCUAGUA